CUACGUUAAAGUCUGCAGAUUAUCUGACUUAUAUUAAAAUUUCCAGAGGCAGGUUCACUGUCAAAGGUAUCUCUGAAAACCUCUGCCAGCAUGGCUGAAAGCCAAGAGACGCCUCAUCUUCGCUCAUACUGUUACGUGGGAGGAGAUUACCAUCAAACAGCACUAGGGCAUGUUAUGGAAGGCCAAAUGUAUGUUGAAAAGCUUACGCCAAGUUGUGGAUGCACAAGGCCCUAUCCCAUAAUCUUCAUCCAAGGCGGAGGCCAAUCCGGGACUAACUGGUUAAACAAGCCAGACGGUGGCAAUGGUUGGGCUUCCUGGUUUCUAGAGCAUGGCUACGAAGUCUACCUAAUCGACCACACAGCAACAGGUCGCUCACCAUUGAACCCGAAAAGCAACGUUUCCUACUCUGCUUUCCCAGCAGAGUACGUCCAACAACGCUUUACCGCAGUGCAGAACUUCUCUUUAUGGCCCCAAGCACACCUUCAUACUCAAUGGCCUGGCUCAGGCAUGAUAGGCGACCCAAUCUUCGACAAGUACUACACUUCCAUAAUCCCAGUCCCAACCAACCAGGCAUUCCAGGAGAUUAACAUGCGCAAUGCCUUGAUUGCACUCCUCGACAAAUCUGGCCCAGCGAUUGUCCUGACUCAUUCUACAGGCGGGCUCUACGGCUGGUCCAUUGCCGACGCCCGGCCUCGUCUCAUCAAAGCCCUCAUUCAAGUCGAGCCUAAAGGGCCCCCAUUCCGCGAAGCCAUUUUUUCGACCCGGUUCACCCGACCUUGGGGUCUAACUUCCAUCCCGUUAACGUACGACCCUGCACCUACGGACUCCACCGCGCCUCUAACCAUGAAAACAAUCCCAACCAGCGACGAGAGCAGGAUUGAUUGUAUCUUACAGGAAGAACCAGCAAAGCAGCUGACUAACCUAAGAGAGGUCCCGAUCUUGAUCGUAACGGCAGAGGCGAGUUAUCAUGCCACGUAUGAUCAUAGUUUCAAGUUGUUCUUGGAGCAGGCAGGCUGUGAGAAGGUGGAGCAUUUGAAGCUUAGUGAUAGGGAAAUCCAUGGGAAUGGACAUCUGAUGUUCUUGGAGAAGAAUAGUGAUGAGAUUGCGGGGAUCUUGGAGGCCUGGAUUUCUGGCACGGUUGGAAAGGGUGGAGAGGCUGAAGGUGAUUGAAUAUUCGGGCAUCCUGGAUGGGACAAGGUACAGAAAUUCUCGCUGGAAUAUUUAACAGCAUUCUUUGCGUAGCACUCCGAACCAGCACGCUGUACCAGAUCAAAGCAUCCCGUCUAUACCUUCUCCCCAC